AUGGCAAUUAUUUCUAAAUCAAUAGCUCUCUCCAUUAACACCCUAUUAUGUCUAGUUUCUUGCGUGUUAAGUCAACAACAAGAAACGGAGUUUCUUCACCACGGAUUCUUAAAAGCCAAUAAUAUACUAAACUACGGAUCCGCAAAGAUCCUCCCAAGUGGUAUCUUAGAGCUAACAAACACCUCAAGGAGACAAAUGGGUCAAGCCUUCCAUGGCUUCCCCAUACCUUUCAACAACCCUAACUCAUCAUCAAACCCUCUUUCUUUCUCCACAAGUUUCGUUUUCUCAAUCAACGCACCAGGUCAUGGCCUAACCUUUAUGAUCUCUCCCUCCAUGGACUUCACCAAAGCCAUGACAAACCAAUUUCUAGGUCUCUUCAACACUUCAAACAACGGAAACUCAACAAACAGAAUCCUCGCCGUGGAGUUUGACACGGUGAAGUCAAACGAGUUUCUUGACAUCGACGGUAACCACGUGGGGAUCGACGUCAACGGUUUAGUCUCUGUUGAAUCUGCACCAGCUGCGUUUUUCUCGAACCGGCAAGGCAAGAACAUAACCUUAAAGCUUUCGAGUAAAGAUCCGAUUCGGGCUUGGAUCGAAUACAAUGGAGUGGAGAUGAUUCUCAACGUCACGUUGGCUCCUCUUGACACUUCUAAACCUAAACUUCCUCUUAUGUCAAGAAAGAUGAAUCUUACAGAGAUCUUUAACGACACGAAGAUGUAUGUUGGAUUCUCAGCAUCUACAGGAAACAUUACGAGUAAUCAUUAUGUUCUUGGAUGGAGCUUUAGUAGAGAAGGCAAAGCAAAAGAGUUUGAUCUCUCUCGACUUCCUUCUGUUUCAGCCCCAUCGCCAUCUGAUUUAGAUGAUUUUGAUCUACUUUCUGAUACUCCUUCGGAUUCAGUAACUGCAAACCCUAAGGGCAUUAAAAUGAUCAUAAUUUGCACACUUGUAAUUAUGGUCUUUAUGAUUUGA